AUGGAUAGCGAUCGACUGUCGCCGCGCCAAUCUGGAAAGUUCAUCGCCGAACGCGCCGAGCACAUCAAGUUCGACGAGGCGGCCGUACAAAAGGUUGCUGCGAUGAUACUGGAUGCGGCAACGAACGGCGAGCUGACGCAGGUCCAAUUUGCCGCCCAAGACGUUCACCCAAGGGGCGGAGGAGUGGCAGCGAUAGAAUGGGUAUUCCUCCUCGACACCAUCAACUUCUCCUUCUGGCCCGAUGAGGGAAGUGCUUGGGAGAUUACUUGGAAGGGCACGAAACAAACUGGCUAUUUUGGAGCCUGCGCGGCCGUGAAUAUCGCCAUGGAGAAUGGGGUUCCGAUGACCAGUGCAAAAUGGAUGUCGGAAGUGACGGCGGCCGAGUUGGGGCCAAUUCUAAGGUCUUCGAUAGAGCCUUACAACGACAUUCCGCUGUUGGCAGAACGAGUAAAGGCGGUCAACGAGUCCGGGAAGAUAUUGUUGGAAAAAUUCGACGGCUCCUUUUACAAUGUUGUGAAUCAAGCCGACGGCAGCUGCAAGCGACUUCUCGAAUUGAUCGUCGAAAACUUCCCGUCAUUCCGCGAUUUUGCGGAAUACAAAGGGCAAAAAGUCUCAUUGCUGAAGCGGGCCCAAAUCUUGGUCAUGGACGUCUACGGCGCGUUGGAAGGGCAGCUCGACGGGAAAUUUGGCGACCUCUCGGAGCUGACGAUGUUUGCCGACUAUCGCGUCCCACAAGUGAUGGCCUAUUUGGGCAUCUUUGACUAUUCGGAGGGGCUGCUGGAAAAGCUGAAGAACAAGGUGCUGCUGCCAAAUGGGAGCCCGGAAGAGGUCGAGAUUCGUGGGUGCAGCAUUGCCGGAUGUGACCGCAUAUACGAGGCAGUGCAACAACUGGCCGAAAAGUGCGGCCAGGAACAUCAGAAAGUGACAGCCGGAGACAUUGACGUCUUUCUCUGGAUGUUCCGACGCAAACACGCCGUAGAGAUUGAGCCACGGGUGCCAAUGCAUCGCACCAGAUGCAUCUACUAC